AUGUCCAUUGCCACAUGCAGCUCUCAGGAUCUAUAUAAGCAUUACAGCUGUGCUCUUGGCAGCCAGCAGAUCACACAGUUUUGGCUUCAGCGAGGCUCCUUGGCAAGGUGGAGCAUGAUGCGAUACCUCUUACUUUGCACUGCCAUUCUCUUACCUCAGAGUUCUGCUUUGCCGACGCCAUCUAAACUACAAUCACAGAGCUCCACAGACUUAGAGAAUAUACAGACAUAUCUUGAUGAGUUCUUUCCACUUCUUAGAAAAACAGAUAGCCAAAGUUUAAAAGACAGAAUUAAAACAAUGCAGAGUUUUUUCCACCUGACUGUAACUGGAACAUUAACUGCAGAAACAAAGGAAAUGAUAAACCAGCCCAGGUGUGGAGUCCCUGAUAUAGCAAAUUACAGUUUAUUUCCUGGAAAUCCAAGAUGGGAAAGCAAGUUUUUGACUUACAGGAUUGUUAAUUAUACACCUGAUUUACCCCGAGCAACAGUGAAUGAAGCGAUAAGAAAAGCUUUCAUGGUAUGGAGUGAUGUGACUCCACUGAAGUUCAAAAGAGUUUAUUGGGGAACUGCAGACAUCAUGAUUGCAUUUGCACGUCGUGAGCAUGGUGAUGGAAGUCCUUUUGAUGGAAGAGGUCAAGCAUUAGCUCAUGCAUUUGCACCUGGACAUGGCAUAGGAGGAGAUGCUCAUUUUGAUGAAGAUGAAGUAUGGUCAGAGACCAAUCGAGGAGUUAAUUUGUUCCUUGUUGCUGCUCAUGAAUUUGGCCACUCUUUGGGACUUGCCCAUUCAAAUGUCCCUGGUGCUCUGAUGUACCCUACGUAUACGUAUACGAACCCCAAAACCUUCCAGCUUUCAGAGGAUGAUAAGCGAGGAAUUCAGAAGUUAUACGGGCGCAAGUCUGUGAAUUCUUGA